UCCCCUCCCGGGCCUCGGUACCGCGCCUCGGCCCCGGAGAGGUUCUCAGCUCGGCCCAGUUUCCGCACACCGGUGCCUACCAAACGCUAAGUAGUGGAAACGCCGCGUGCUGGUGCCGGCGGUGGCUGAGGAAGGGCGGGCGGCGGAGAGGUUCGGUCGCUGCGGCUUUUCGCAGGAGGACGGGGGAUGCCGCAUCCCUGCAGAGCGCUGUGGCAGCGAGGGGCUUCUUCAGGGCUGCUGAUAGCGACGUGUGGUCUGCGUUCUGAGAAAUGUUUCGCUGUUUGCUUCACAAACGUGCGUCUGCUAACAAGCCCUAAGCUGAGCCUGAUUGAAAAUUGAGGGACGGCAUGGGGUUUUGUGCUGUAGGCAUCUGUUGCUUCCUUCUGACGAGCCUGACCAGCUGCCUAGAAGGAGCCCGGGGCAGCGAUAGGCGCUGUGCACCCUAGGCAGCCACGGUUCCUGAGGGCUUUGGGUGCCCCAGCGCUGCCGUGUGACCACAGCUCAGGAGAGCACUGGGGAAGGAGCAUGGCUGUGCUCAGGUGCUCAGAGAUGCUUGCUGCCUCAGACCUCUUGUGGCAGUGUUCGGGUUGCGUGCCAGUGGAGGGCCGUUUCUUGGGUUACUUACAGUUGGGGUUAUUCUCUGUCUGCUUUCUUGGCUCGAUGAAGAGAAAAUCAGCUUGUGGUUAACUUGCAAGAAUAGGAACUGUAGUAAUCACUUCUUUCCACUUAGUUUUAUCAUUGUAACUCUCUGAAGUUGCUUCCUCUUUGCCUUACAGUAAAAGCUGUUAUUCGAAAACACUUAUCCCAGUUAAAGGGGAGAUGAAUGGUCAUUUUUCCUGCCCCAGUCUGACUUUCAGCCUCCUGAAUAAGUUGUCACCCUUGGGAUGUUCCUUCAUCAAUUCGGAUAGUAAAGUCACUAGGAGGGAUAUAAUUUAUGAGCAGUCUAUGCAGACUUGCCAGCGCCACCAGGAUUAUCCUGAAAGUGGUGAUAAGUGAGACCCUGCGAGAAGAUGUACACUGAGGUGUCUCCUACAGUGUCUUGCAUGGUCUUUAAUUUAAAUAAUAAUAAUUUAAGAAAAAAAUUAAAAAAAAAGAAGAAAAAAAGGGAUUUUAUUGCUGGAAAAAGAGUUUCUCUGCUUUGGUAUUCCAAGAGGAGCUUGGUGAUGUUGCUCAACUCACAGCUACUGCAGAACUGAGUUUCUGGUCUGGUGAAUUUUAACGCUUUACAAAUAUUGACAACCUGCAGGAGACAUAGGCAAACAUCAGUGCUCCAGUUUAUUUCAAGGCACUUGUAAGCUGCACCAGUUCCUUGAUCUGUCUGUUGUCUGUCCUUGUGCCAGAUUUCCACUGGUGAUGCCAGAACUGUCUCUCCUUAUGAACACAGGCUGGUGGUGGGCUGCAGGCGGCUCCUCCUGGCACAGCUAAUAGAAGAUAAGGCAGCACUAUUCUUAAAAGCUCCAUGCUUCUUGGCCUGCAGUUCCCAGCAAUGCAGUUGCGACUUAGCUUUCAAGGAUCCAAAUCUUAAUCUUCAGUCCUGGAACAGAAAAUGAUAUAUCAUAUGCAGCCAAAGCCAAGCUCUUGCCUUUCCGAUCAAGCCCUGCUUGAAGUGACAGCCAUUUUUCCUGGGAAGAAGAGAUAGCCAAGGCUGCUGGACAGAUCCGGAUGCUGCAGCUGCUCAGGCCAGAUGAGAUCAUUGAAUGCUCUUUUUUUGCAAGAGGUGGUCAAAGGAAAUGGAUAGCUAUUCAGACUUCAGUGCAAAGAACCUCUCAUCAUCAGCUAAUAUGUCUAUUUCUUUGCGGGAACAAGUUGGACUCAAUGCCACCGGUGGUCCUCCUUCUAUGUCAAUAAGCAGACUUUUUCCAGCCCUAUUAGAAUGCUUUGGAAUAAUUCUUUGUGGCUAUAUAGCCGGAAGAGCCAACAUUAUCACAUCAACUCAGGCUAAAGGACUAGGAAAUUUUGUCUCCCGUUUUGCACUCCCAGCUUUACUGUUUAAAAACAUGGUGGUACUUAACUUUUCUGAUGUAAACUGGUCCUUCCUGUACAGUAUCUUAGUUGCCAAAGCUGCUGUGUUUUUCUUAGUCUGCGUUCUAACGUUGUUGGUAGCCAGUCCUGAGAAUCGAUUUAGCAAAGCGGGUUUGUUCCCUAUUUUUGCUACACAGAGCAAUGACUUUGCAUUGGGAUACCCAAUAGUUGAAGCUCUAUACCAAACCACUUACCCAGAGUAUCUCCAGUACAUUUACCUAGUGGCUCCAAUAUCUCUUAUGAUGCUAAACCCUCUGGGGUUUAUCUUCUGUGAAAUCCAGAAGUGGAGAGACAAUCGCACUGUGUCCCACAGCAAAAUCAAAAUAGUGGGCCUAGCACUCCUUCGAGUUCUGCAGAACCCAAUUGUAUUCAUGGUCUUCAUAGGAAUUGCCUCAAACUUCAUUCUUGGCCAGAAAAUUCCCGAUUACCUUGAAAAUUUCCUCGAUGGACUGGGCAGUUCAUUUUCUGGCUCUGCACUUUUUUACCUUGGACUAACUAUGGUGGGACAAACAAAAAAACUGACUAAGGGUAUGUUUGUUGCACUGAUCCUCCUCAUCACAGCUAAACUACUUAUGAUGCCAUUUCUCUGUAGAGAAAUGGUGGAACUCCUGGACAAGAGCAGCAGCACAGUCAACCACACCAGUUUAUCGAACUAUGCAUUUCUUUAUGGAGUUUUUCCAGCAGCACCUGGCGUUGCAAUAUUUGCAACUCAAUUUAAUAUGGAAGUAGGAAUUAUUACCUCAGGCAUGGUGAUAAGCACUUUUGUGUCUGCACCUAUCAUGUAUGUUUCUGCAUGGCUUUUGACCAUUCCAUCUAUGGACCCCAACCCACUGGCAACUGCUCUCCAGAAUGUUAGCUUUGACAUAAGUAUUGUCAGCCUUGUUUCUUUGAUUUGGUCUCUUAUUGUUGUUCUUCUCAGUAAGAAAUACAAACAGCUUCCUCAUAUGAUUACAACAAACCUACUUGUUGCUCAGUUUGUUGCUUGCAUUGGAAUGGUGAUAUGGAAUUUCACUGUUAAACAAAAAGAUGUAACUGUGCAGAUCCUAGUAUUUAUAUUUCUCUACAGUUCACUUUAUAGCACCUACCUGUGGACAGGUUUUUUAUCCUUCUCUUUGUUUCUGUUGAGGAAGAGAGAAACACUGAAGAUUCCCAUUGGAUUUAUAAUCAUAGCUGGAUGGGGAGUCCCAACGCUUCUGGUGGGAAUCUUGUUAAUAGUUGGUGAACGUAACAGCACUACCAUUGACUCUGCCUUUUUCUAUGGAAAACAUCAGAUAAUCACCACAGCAGUGGUCCUGUUCAUCAGCAUAUUGAUGUCAGGCAUCUCACUUAUGUGCAUGAACAGAAAUAGACAAGAGUCAAACUAUGAGGUACUGAACCCAUAUUCACCUCAUGGCCAAGUGGAAGGGAAUGAGGGGAAUCACGUUUCAGCCACUGUGCCUCAACCUUCUGCAGGGUCUUCUGCGCAACCUUCUCCCGCACAACCUUCUGCAGGUUGUUCUGCACAGCUGUCUGCAGAAAGAGGUUGCUGUUCUUGUCAAGCAGCAAAUGAGGAAAUAUCCUGUGCUAAGGACAGCAAAGCAGUGCCAAAUGCUGCUGAAAACAAGGUUCCUUCAAUUGAGACAGCUGAUCAGUGUGUGAAUCAGUGCAGUGCUCAGACCUGCGUACUGGCUCAGGAAGAACAGCUUCUACAGACUGGAGACAAACAGCUGGCCAGACAUGUGCUGCUGUGCUUGCUUCUUGUUGUUGGCCUUUUUGCUAAUCUUUCCAGUUGUUUAUGGUGGCUGUUCAACCAAGAACCUGGAAGACUGUAUGUGGAAUUGCAGUUCUUUUGUGCUGUGUUUAAUUUUGGUCAGGGCUUCAUUUCCUUUGGUAUUUUUGGCUUAGAUAAGCAUUUAAUCAUUCUGCCAUUCAAGCGAAGGCUUGAAUUCCUCUGGGGAGGGAGAGAAGCAGAAGGGCAUGCAGAUCCCACUCUACCUGAGGAAAUCAGGAUGACCUGCCAACAGUUUGUUCGUUAUCACAGAGAUCACUGUGUCAAAAGCAUCGUCAAAGGCAGAAGGUGUGGUGCAAAGAUCUCCACUGGCAUCUUCUUUGGCUGUGACCUGGUGAACUGGCUCAUCCAAGUUGGCCUCGCCUCUGACCGUGGUGAAGCUGUGAUGUACGGAGACAGACUGAUGAAAGGAGGUGUCAUCCAGCACAUUGCAAAUGAAUUUGAAUUUCGGGAUGAAUAUUUAUAUUACCGCUUUGUUCAAAAGAGAGCGACUACAGCUGAGAGCCAAUGACCUGAGCAUGUAGACAGAGGACAGGCAGGUAGGGGUAAAUGUGACCGUCUCUUCUGGGUUUGCUGCUGAAACUGGAAGUGUUUCUUUCUCAGGGCUCCUGGAGGGUCAUGUUACCUUCUCUUGUAAAGCUAAGAAAUGUGAUUCUACUUCUGUCUGUUCUGAAGCAAAUGAUAGUCAUUCUCAAUGAGCGUUAAACCAGAAGGCAACUAGAUCAAAACAAGGUACUCUGGAUUUCUUCCAUUUUCAGCAAAACAAAUAGUAAAAUAGUAUGUGUCACUGACAUAUUAUACAUGCACUUACAACAGCAACUUUAGUGACCGGUGCCACAAUGGAAAAAAAAAAACAUAUGUGAGGAGAAUAUUUCACGUCGCUAUAUGUUUUAUAGCAUUUCAAUGUGAUGCAAUCUUGAUCCUUGUUUAAGGUCAAGUUCCCACUAACUUCACAGAAAUAGGAGUUCUUCCAUCGUACCUCAGUUUUUAAGACUGUAUACUCUUGAUAUAACACCAGAAACUUUUUCUGGCUGUUAACACCUCAGACCAGACAGUUUGUUUCCCCUCUAAAUAUAAAAUCCUCCAUUUGUAAUAACAGAAUUCUUGUGAAGAGAUUACAGCAUCAUAGAAUUAAAGCUGAGGAAAUAAGGAGUGGAAUAAAAAAUGGUUUUCUACAAAGAUACUGCAGAAACAUACAGAAAUAAUCCCUGCUCCUCAAAUUACAAAACAAUAUGAUGUAUUCUUACAUAAACAGCUGGUUCUGAAGUUUUACCUUUUAGUGGUGGUAACAGCUUUGUCAGGAGUGGUUUUUUACUUUCCGGAGUAAGCCUCCAUUAUAAUUCAGAAGUGCCAGCCUCAGAUAGAGAACCUGUGGAAGCCUACGACACCUGUGCAAGUCAAGACCCAGCAUUUUAUCAAACCAUGAGAUCUUUUAAAUAACAUGCAUUGACUUCUAAGUCUGCUCUAUAAACAACCCUAAUGGAGCAUCCAGGUUAAGGUUUAGAAAAGCUGGAGAUAUCAGAAUGUUAUUAUUGGGCAUAAAACAGACUUUUCAGAUAGGCCUCAGGUAUCCCUUUGUGGUUUUAAGUGGUUAAUCCAGUGUCAUUCAGAUUCCUGUGCACUGAAAGCAGAAACUUCAAGAGUAAUUUGAAGAGGUUAAAGACAAACUAUAGUAUCUGAUAGCCAUUACACUGCUAGGAAAAGCAGUUCUAAUGCUGAAAGAAUGGCAUUUAUUUGUCUAUAUAAAUUGUUACAUAAUGAGGGAAAGGAACACAAAUACUAAAACAGUAUUUGCUCAUCUGGAAUAGUCAAACAAAUGACUUUUUAAAAAAGCACCCUUUAAUUUUAUUUUAUUUUUAAAAUACAGAUUUUAUUACAGCUACUUAUGUGUCUACUUUGUAUUGAGGACUGCAAACGAUUUUAGCAGUAUAAACUAUUGUUCAGGAAACAGUCAUUUUAUGGUAGCUAUAACUUUGCAAAAGAUUUCAGUCGUAUUGCAUAUCUUCAGUGUGCUCUGAAACAUAACUGUAUACGUAUGCUACACAAACUGACAUACUUAAUGUUUCCAGCAAUGUGGUAAUUGACAUUUGUAUUGGGCUGUGGCCACAAAGGCAAACAAUAGUUUUAUUUCCAUUCGAACUGCUGAAGACAACAACAUCGGAUACUUUGGAAUGACUAGAUAUACGUGUCUAAUGAGCAGAAGCCAUAUGUUUGGCUUCUGAAUGUUGUAACUUAUUAAUAAAUCUGAUAUUGAUUUCAGA